AUGAAUGCACUGAGCCUUUGCUGUGUCCACCCCUUCAUGUUUUCAUGGUUUCUUCAACCAAUCGUGGUUCGAAAGAGGAAGAGCGUGCUGAGGCCGAUGUUCCAGCUUCCAGGCCCUAACCAAGCGCGAGGCAGACAGCAGGCUUGCGAAGAGGAGGUGCCGAUCGUUCCAAUCAGCAAGCCUCCGGACAAAUGGAUGCGGCAUCAAGGAUCUGGCGGAUUGCAGCCUGUGAUGGGCAGCGACAGGACAAUGGACCCCACGGGAGAGGGGUGUGAUCUCGAAGGAAACACAGCAGCUGCCAAGGCAGCCAUGCAGCUCACAGCACUGGAGGACCGCCUGCAAGAUGCCGUGCAGAACAUGCGCCAGCGCAGCAGGCUAAGGCGUGGUCAUGAAGCUGUCUGCAAUAGAUCGUCGAUCAGCGAGUUUCAGGAGACUACUCUGGCAAAUGCAGUCACCUUCCUAACUCCACCCAUCCAUCCGGUGGAAAUGUCACGGUGGUCGACUUUAACUGACAUGGUCACCCUGCGGAAAACGACGAAGGCCAGACACACAAUCAAGAUGGAUGCGAUGAGUCUUUCGGGAGAGACCGCGCUGGAAGAGCCGAAGCCGUUGGGAGGCCCGGUAAUGCAGUCUGAAGACAAGAGGGAGAACAACAAGGACAGGCCGGAUGAGCCUCCAGCUGCUGAAGCUGACCAGGCUUGCGACCCGGUCUUUGAAGAGGAGGAGGAAGCAAAUGUGGCGCCAGAUGUCAGCUAUGACAAGCUCACCAUGGACAUGUCCAGCAUUUGCUGCGGCUGUUCAGCCUCUCAAAACUUGCGCAGUCCGAGCAACCUGUGGCCAGAGGAUCGUCAGACCCACAGCAUCAUGCCGGCCAGCCCCAUGGCCCUGCCUUCGGCAGCACCUCUCUUCUGUGCCUUCAGCUCCUCUUCUGGGCGGUUGAGCACGGCGUCCUUCUACGAGCUACUUUGCUUCCAGGAGAAGUACGGAUCGGCCGAGUCACUCAUCUCCCUACUUGUCCGCGAGCGCCGACUCGCACAGGCGUGUCAGUACAUCUUCAAUGAGAAAGCGGACAAGCGCCUGUGGCGGCCUCAACCUCUUCUGAUGAUGCUGUGGGCACAGGUGAUCCUGGACUUCGACCCCUCGCUGCAGAAGGUGCAAGAGUAUCUCAACUCCGUCAAGGACUUCCUGCGAGACAGGCGUGCUCUAGACCUGCUUUACUCCUACGAGGUCUUCACCAAGAACUUUGUCAACGCGGGUUUCCUUGCAAUAUCGCUCUUCGUGCAGUCAUCCACCUGGGAUGCGCGAGUGGGGCACCUUCAGAAUGCCGAAGCUCACCUUGGCUUCGCCCGAAGGCUGAGUCGAAGGAAAGGCGAAGGGAAAGAAGGAAGCGCUGACGGAGUUUCUGAGGGGUCUUUGGCCACUACAACACAGGACGCUGUGGCCGGGUCUGGAGACGCAGCCGGCACACUUGAAGCAAGCAAAGUGGGGAUUGCGGACAUCAAGAGGAACUUGGAGACUGUGCGGAUCCAACGUGCUGUCUGCGAGGCAAUGCCUACGAACAUGCCGCAGAAUGCCGUGCUCUUUGGGGACUUGCCAGCCCAGUGUGAGGUCGCUGAGCUCUUAAUGGUCAACGGGCACUUCAAGCUGGCGCUGAAGGUGAUUGAGUUUCUUGACUUGCCUGCAGUCGAGCUCUGCAUUCGGGCGUCAAACCAAAUCGCUACGCAGCAGGCGCGCUGCCCGACGGGCUCUAUCGCACCAGUGGUGAAAUUCUUGGAGGCCAUUCCCAAGCUACCGCCCGUGGAAUGGGACAGCUUGGUCUCAAACGUUGUGAACAUUUGGAUCAUUGAGAAGGAAGAGCUAAAGGCUGAUCGGUCCGCUGCUUCGCAGCUGGUUCCGUACAUUCAAGACGAGAGGUGCAAGAUGGAUGCCUUGAUCCUUAUCGGCAACCUGAGCAGCGCCUUCCAGAUCGCUCAAAGGCUGGGCAGCAUGCAGGACGUGCUGCACAUCAACUCACGCGCUCAGGCCACGGGCGAUCAGGAGCUGUUGAAGCAGAUUGCCACCUUCAUGGCCUACAACCCCAUUGCCAAAAAAAGGUCAUGA